UGAAACAUCUGCAAAGUGAAUCGCAAUGCUGUUAACAGUCAGAAUUCUUGAAGUUUUUGACAUUUCUCGGUUGACGAGAUAUGAUGGGGUGUUGGAGUUGGCCAAUGUGAAAUGUAAAUUAUAUAUCCACUUUGUACAUAUUGUGAUAUGAAAAAAUAACCUGCCCUAUUUUCGCCACAAGGCUUAUUCAAAGUUAACUUCAUAAUGGCCACGCAGCCGAGUGACAACACGGAGUUUCCGCCCGAUAUUAUCCUGAAACCCUUGGCUCUAAUCGGACUCUCAGGUUUGGACACUGUAAACAAUGCAAUUCAUAAAACAAUUUGGGACGCAUUUUCCAAUAAUAGACGACCAGACCGCGCUUCAGUUAGAUUCAAAUUAUUAAAUAACACAUUUGAAUUUCCUGUCGUUAAACCUAAAAGAAACUCGUAUGAGUGGUAUAUACCGAAAGGAAUAUUAAAGAAAAACUGGAUACAAAAACGUGUGUCCUUAAUACCAGCCCUCGUUGUUAUCUUUUAUGAUAUGGAAUGGAAUGAUCCACAGUGGAAUGAAAAGAUUAUCGAAUGCGCAUCAAGAGUUCAGUCAAUCCGUGCUGCGGUAGAAGGGCACGCUACUCGAGUCGCAGUCGUCGUAGUACAGAGUGGUCUGUCACCUCCCCCCUCUGAAUAUAUGUUGGGAGCAGAAAGAGCUCAAGCUCUUUGUUCUGCUUGUGAAAUACAAUCAAAAUCACUCUUUGUUCUUCCUCAUAGUGACCAUUUAAUGGGGUACAUAAUAAGACUAGAAAAUGCCUUUUAUGAUAUUGCACAGAAUUAUUACCACCAUGAGACAAAAAACAUCAAACAACACAGAGAUCACUUGAAUAAAACAACUCAUCACUAUUUAUUUGUUCGACAUCAAUUUAAGCUGGGGUUUUUGAAUGAACUGAAGCAGGACUUGAGUACAGCCCAUAAGCACUACAUGCAUGCUUACAAUAACUUACUAGAGACAAGACAGGUUGAUACCAAUAUACAUGAGAUAAGAACAGUCGCAGGAUAUAUCAAUUAUAAACUUUGUAAGUUGCUUUUUGCUCUGAAUCUAGCCAGAGAUGCAAUUGCACAACUUAAAUCACACAUUGAGAGGUACAAAAAUAGAAUAGGACCCACUGAAUUGCUCUUUGAACAUUAUGCUUGGAUUGCGAGACAAUACAGUGCAUUUGGAGAAUUAUUUGAUGAAGCUAUCAGAGUUGGGCUACCUGGUAUUCAGUCUCAACACCCAGGCUUCUAUUACCAGCAUGCAGCUCAAUUCACAGUUAAAAGACGUCAAGCAAUGAGAUCAGUUUGUUGUGAAGCUCAGCAGUAUCCUCCACCUCCAGAUCCCAUGGAAGGUAUUGUUGAAUUUUAUGGGCAAAGACCUUGGAGACCAGGAAGACUUAGUGCUGACCCUCAUGAUCCUCAAAAAGAACAAGCUGCAAUACUCGCACUCCAGUACAAUGAAAGGGUUUUUAAUCAUUCUGCUGUUAUAAUAAGUUUUCUAGGUAGUGCGAUUUCCCAAUUUAAAACAUUCCACUCUCCUCGGAUGAGAAAACAGCUAGUAGUUGAAAUGGCAAAUGAGUAUUAUUACUGUGCCGACUAUGGUAAAGCUCUCACACUACUCUCUCAUAUGCUCUGGGAUUAUAGAAAGGAAAAAUGGUGGUUUUUAGCCUCACAUGUUUUAAACCGUGCAUUACAAUGUGCAUAUCUGUCAGCAAAAAUACAUGACUAUAUCCAACUUUCAAUUGAGGCACUGUCAAAGAAUAUUCAAGUGCCAAAUAAUGAUAAAGACAGAAUUUUCAGGAAUAUAAUGUCUGUACUAAAUUUAAAUGUACCAGCUCCAGAACAUGAUCUGCCGGCCUCUUCUCAGGGUAAAGCAUUAGAGUUGUGGGGCAUGGCCAUUGAUAAGGAACCACAUAUUGUCACUAUAGAUAUGGUCAACAUUUCUAGUUUCCUUGAAGUAAAAACUAAAUUCAAGCAACAAAAAUACAGAAUGGAUGAAUUAAUUGAAAUUGAAAUAUUUGUACGACUCACAUAUAAUACAAUUCUAGAAAUUAAAACAGCCACUCUAACAAUAUCCUCAAACACUGAAACUAUUGAAAUACCAAUAACUGAUAAUGACAAUUCAAUUAUAAAAUUAGAAGGUUGUAGUGUUAAGAAGUUUUUGUGUAAAUUCAAAACAAAUCCUCAUGAUAAUGGAUCGGAGUUAAGUAUAAAAAAUGUGUCAUUUGUUCUUGAUUCUGAUAAAAAAAGAAAGAUCAUUAUGAAUUUCAAAAUAGAAGACAAUAAAAGCUUACCUAUUAUUCAUCCCGAGUUACUACAUUUCAUACUGAGCCCUAAAAAUGAUUAUGAAUUUGAUUGUAUUGUGCCUUUGACUACAACAUCCAUUACUAGUAGAGAGUGUAGACUAUCAAUAGGAAUUGAUAAUGCAGUGCCUGCUCUUCAAGGAGAAUGGUUUCCUACAACAUUUACUGUGACUAAUAAUGAAGAUAGUUUGGUCUAUGACAUGACAAUAGUUCUUUCACUUUUGAGCUCUCCUGACAAUACCAAUCCUGAAACUGUAACAGAAUUGAGCUUUAAACAAGGUGAACCACAGUCUCCACCUUUGAAACUCCUUAUAGGUAAUGUAAAUAAGGCUUCAACUUAUUCAAAUACAUUCUAUUUGAAGACCAACAGAACUGCAACGGCAACAGUUCAAAUUAAAGUGUCAUAUAACAUAGACCUGAAUGAAACUCCUAAACUUGAAUGUGUUAAAGACUUUACUACAAAAAUUUCAGUUAUCAAGCCUUUCGAAGUAUCCACAAACUUUGUUACAAUGAACUUCAAACCAGUCUCCAAAUGUUUUGUAGACGAUCCAUUUAUAGUUAUGCCUCAAAUAAAGAUUUUAAGUCCAUGGGAUUUACUUAUUUUAGAUACUGAAUUAGAAACUGUGGAUUGCUUCAAAUACGCUGAUGACAAAAAACCACCUUCUUGUAUAAGUAAUUUACAAGUAGCUGAAAAAAACAUUGCAUCUGAUGCUAUAUGCAUCCAAGCCAAAUAUAAGCCAAAAGAUCUUCCCACAAGAGUUGGCUUGUACAACAUAAGGUGGCGACGGAAAACCAACACCGAUGGCAGCAUUGUUAUGAGCAGCACUGCUCUGUCUGGAAUUGCUAUAGAUGACUGUCCUAUUUCAAUUGAAGUUAACUACCCUGAAGUGGUGGAUUUGCAGACAUCUGUUCCGUUGAAAUGUACUUUGAUUGGAAAUACCAAUACAACAAUCAGGCUCAAUCUAUCUGUGGAAGGAACGGAUGCGUAUAUGUUUUCUGGGUACAAAAAGUUUUCCGUUACAGUGCCCCCGAAGGAUAAAGUUGAGCUAUGUUACAACAUUCAUCCAUUAGUUGCCGGUAAUACUGUACCGCCUAGAAUAAAAGCUACUGUCCUCGGCGAAAAUUCUCGACAAGAGGUUAUAAAGGAAAUGUUUGAAAAAAUCUUUCCACAAAAUAUAUUUGUUAUGCCUAAAUAUAAUAAGUAAAUUGUAUUAGAUUUGUUGAUUCUUCAGGUUGAGAUUUGUAAAUAGUUAUGAACAAAAUAUGUAAUUAUAUUGUAGUUACCCUGUAAUUAUUAU